GGUGAACCAUUAACAAAAAGUCCAAUUCAUGUUGUUGAUGUACCAGGACAUGAAAAAUUACGAUUCAAAUUUUCAGACUUUAUACCUAUUACGCGUGGAAUUAUAUUUCUUAUUGAUAGUUCGACUUGUGCAAAAAAUUCAAGGCAAAUUGCAGAGUGA